GAACCCGGCAAGUCCUUGAAGGCUCCGCGGGAGGCACCGAAACGCGCAACUGCCCGGAGGGGACCGCGCAGAGCGGGGCUGAGCCGGCUGCUCCUGCCCAUGGUGCCCGGCGCCCCGGCGCCCCUCAUCGCUGCGCGGGGCUGAGACAGCUAUCAACACUGAAAAAUGUAUCUGUAAGUUCGUAAGACAGAUACGAGAAUUAAAGCAACUUCAGAGAAUUAAAGCAACAAGCAAUAUAAAAGCAACAGCAAUUAAAGGUCAAAGGACUGAAACGCAACAAUGGACUGGGGAACGCUGCAGACCAUUUUAGGAGGUGUAAACAAACACUCCACAAGUAUUGGGAAGAUCUGGCUCACCAUUAUGUUCAUUUUCCGUGUUAUGAUCCUCGUGGUGGCUGCAGAAGAAGUCUGGGGAGACGAACAAAAUGAUUUUGUCUGUAACACUCUGCAACCCGGAUGCAAAAAUGUUUGCUACGACCACUUCUUCCCCAUCUCUCACAUUAGACUGUGGGCCCUUCAGCUCAUUUUUGUCUCAACUCCCGCACUUCUCGUAGCCAUGCAUGUUGCAUACAGGAGGCAUGAGAAUAAAAAGCAGUUAAGAAAGGGAGGGCAGACCUGCGAAUAUAAAGAUAUUGAAGAAAUAAAAUUACAAAGAUUUCCUAUUCAGGGUCCUUUGUGGUGGACCUACACCAGCAGCAUAUUCUUCAGAAUGAUCUUUGAAUCCCUCUUUAUGUAUGCAUUUUAUUUCAUGUAUGAUGGCUUCCAAAUGCCACGACUAGUGAAGUGCAACGUCUGGCCUUGCCCCAACACAGUGGACUGCUUUGUCUCUCGGCCCACUGAAAAGACAGUGUUCACUAUUUUCAUGAUUGCUGUGUCUGCUAUUUGCAUUUUGUUAAAUGUGGCUGAAUUCUGCUAUCUGCUGAUGAAGGUUUUCCUUAAAAAAUCCAGAAGAGCAGCAUCUCCAAGACAUCACCCCAACCAUGAGACUAAAGAGGAAAGUAAACAAAAUGAAAUGAAUGAGCUAAUGUCUGGUAGCUGUCAGAACACAGUUUUGGGAUUGCAAAACAGCUAACAUGAUGCAAAUGGGUGGAGUCAAUAUUCCUCUUAAAAAGCUGCCAAAAAAAAUCAGUAACAUUAAACCAAGUGGGGUGAAGGUUUGAUAUGUAAUCUUAAACACCUAUCUUAAAGAGUCAAGGCAGGAUAAACAUGUGAAUGGUAUAUAAGGAUUAAAUAGGGAACUGUUUCCAUAAGUGCCUUAAGAACAUUCUUAUGACAAGCAGAAACUCACCAUACCUCUGGGUUAGAGUCACAGAAGGGACUUAGGAGUUAGGCAUUACAUUACAACACUCUUGGGACCAGUGCAAUUCCCAGUGCAUGAGGAGAGUUAUGGGACCAAGAAGAGGUUUCUCAGAAGCCAACAUGCUGAGCAGGGAACUAGAGCUAACUAGAAGUGAAAUGCAGAUGAAAAGCACUUUUGAGGAUUUGGAUCCUAAUUCCACUUGGAAUUCUGGGCCCUGAACCCUCUCCUGGAAUUAGGUGUCUAAGACAGCUCAGCCCUCUUUCAUUAUGAGAGCAAGACAGAGCUAAUUCAAGCCAAUUGACCAGUGGGACAUGGGAGUCCUAUUUUUAAAUCCCUACCUUGCUUGAUUUCCUCCCCGUUUGAAAUUUGGGAGACAUGAUCAGCUAAAUAUUCUCACUAGUGAACUGUACAAUCAAUCACCUACUGAUUAUUUAUACAAAGGUGACCUGUUUCAAGAGGGAAGAGAUUGAGGCCUGGCCUGUGCUAAAAUGUUAGGUUGAUCCAGCUAUGUCGCUAAGAGAUAAGAAAAAUCCACAUAGUUAAGCUGACUUAACCCAUAUAUAGACAACACUAGGUCAACAGAAGAAUCCUACUGGCUGUUGGAGGUGGAUUAAUGACAGCAACAGGAGAUCCCCUUCCCCUUGCUGUAAUGUCUAUUCUGAAGCAUUACAGAACAUGAACAUUUGAACUUUGGAGAUUAAAUGCAUUCUAUAAAACUGAUGUUGGGAGAAGCAAAUAUUUUGUAGACAAUAACCUAAUGACCUAAGGCACUCUUACCAGACAUGGAAGAUCUGAGUUUCAGUCACUGCUCCAAAUCCCUGCUCCACACAGAUUUAAAAACAGGUGUCCAACAUCCCAGGUGAGUAUCCUAACCUAGGGAGGUUGAGGAAUCUCCAUUUCUCGACAUAUGUAAAAGCAGGAUACACAUCUACCAGAGAUGGGCUAGAUGGUAUUGGGUCCUGCCGUGAGGGCAGGGGACUGGAUUCGAUAACCUCUCAAGGUCCCUUCCAGUUCUAGUGUUCUAUGAUUGGUCUAUUGAGUAUUUGGAGGGGAGCACACUUGUGGCCACACCUACAAAUUUCUUACUGUCUCUGUGCAGGUUAGGCAUGGGAACACCUAGUUUGCAAAACCUGCUGUAUAAGAUAGGACUUCAACCAACUUAUUAACUGUGAGGAGGCAUCAGGUGGAAAUUUAAGAACCUUCAGGGUUAAGCAGUACCUGAAAAGUGCUUUCGUGAUUGGUUAUAAGCAGCAUCUAAAAAGGCAUUAAAACACUUGAGUCCCUUUGUGAAUCUAGCCUUUUUAUGCAGAUUUGAGUUCUGCAUAAAAACUACACAUUCAACAGCAACAAGGACAAACUUUUUCCAUGCUAAAAACAACAAAUGGUCUGGUAGCACUUUCCAUGCUAGAUAUUCUAGUAUUAAAAGAUGGUUUUUACUUGUGAAUUCAUAAUUAAAGUAUUUUUGUAAGGUCUGAAAUUCCAUGUUAUUUAGAAUGUGAUAGUAUAUGACUGAGGAGUAUGGGGUUUUGUUUUUACCAGAAAAACAGAUGUAAUCUCCAAUCCCAUUUUAAUAAGGUACAUUAAUUGUAAACAUUUAGCAGACCUUUUGUAAAUAAUGUUAUUAAUAUUUUACAUUGCACAGUGUUAUACAAUCAUAGAUAUGGAAAUAAAGUAGGUUAUUUUCUGUUCAUUUCUCAAAUGAAUUGUUCUGGUAGUCAUGGGACCAUUAUGGGGGUUAUUUUGUUUUUUAAUUUGUGGACUGAAAAUGACAAAAUGGUGUGAAACAAGUUGCUCUCUGGUUGAAGUCAGCAUGAAGAAAUUUUGUCUCAGCUAGAAGGAAAAAAAGCUAGAAUCUGAACAAGGUCUUCUAAAUAAAAGACACACACUGUAACCUUGAGCAGUGGAGUG